AUGUCAAUUUCUAGUUUGCAUAGGCGCUCCCUUGGGCGUUUUUCGUCGAAAGCGCUUUUCCAAAUCUCAUUAAUAAUUCAAAGGUCUCCAAUCAUCCAAAUAGAAAAAACAGCAUUUGAAAAGGCUUAUCAAAAAUACUUUUACGAAGUAGAAAAAGAACUCUCUCGUGGUCCCUUUAAACUUUCGCUGGGACUGCUUUCCGAGGCAGAUUCGAAGACUGCCUCCACACUCCAAUCGAAUGAGCCUGGCCAGCUUUCUUUGGAAGAUGCUGAUAAUGCUGCCACGAGCUUGAUCGAGCAAGCAAACUCGCUCCCCAUAACGGACCCCAAUAGAAAUCCAAGCGAGAAGCUUUUUUUGGUUAUUAAAAGGCCCCUUUUCGAGUUUUGGGAAUUCCCUACAAUUGAAUAUGUUGAUGGUUCAUUUGAAACUCCCUUGCACAAGACCCUUUUUAGCGGUGCAGAGCCAAAUUUUUAUGUGCCUGGCAAUGCUCCAUUUGAUUUCCAACAGACCGCCAAUAAGGUAUUUCGAAUUCCUUUAUUUAGACGUUCUACUUUCGAAUUGAAACUCUGCUGCCAUUUCCUCCCAUAA